AAUUCUCUAUAGGAAAGGCCACUGACGUCAAAUCAGCGGGAGCUUCCACGGUUCCACCCAUUAUCCUUUUUUUUGUUCAUAUCCGUUGCGGAACAGAGCAAGAAGAAAGCUAAUUCCAGUUCACUUUUGAGCGUGUGCGCGUCAGUGUACAAAGUCGCCUGCUUUGCCUUUCUUUCUCGUUCGGUAUUGUGAAGAGAAACGCUUUGUUGGGUUUUCUGGGCUGUUUCAGAAUGAGGAGGGCGAGUGCCUACGUGACUCUGUUGUCCCUGCUGUUGCUUGGCUAUGGGUGGAUGGACAUAGCUGCAACAGGAACAAAGGAUGGAUCAGAGGAGUGGGGUUAUGUUGAAGUCAGACCCAAAGCGCACAUGUUCUGGUGGCUCUACAGAAGUCCAAACAGAGUUGAUGAUCCCUCCAAGCCCUGGCCUGUCAUUCUCUGGUUGCAGGGUGGACCUGGUGCAUCAGGAGUUGGGAUUGGCAACUUUGAAGAGAUUGGACCCCUGGACACCAACCUGAAACCGCGGAAUUCGACAUGGUUGCAGAAAGCUGAUCUCUUGUUCGUGGACAGCCCAGUUGGCACAGGAUACAGUUUUGUGGAGGACCCAAAGCUUUUUGUGAAGACAGAUGAAGAAGCUGGAAUAGAUUUGUGUGCAUUGCUGAUACGGAUAUUCAACAGGAAUGAGAGUCUCCAGAAGAGUCCUCUCUACAUUGUGGCCGAGUCUUAUGGAGGGAAACAUGCCGUCACUCUUGCCUUGUCUGUACUGAAAGCCAUUGAAUCUGGCAAAUUGAAGCUUAAGCUUGGAGGAGUUGCAUUAGGAGACAGCUGGAUCUCCCCUGAAGACUUUGUGUUUUCAUGGGCUCCUCUUCUCAAAGACGUUUCGAGACUUGAUGACAAUGGUGUGGAAAAGUCUAACAGUGUAGCUGAGAAGAUUAGGCAGCAGCUAAGAAGCGGGCAAUAUACAGAGGCCACAACUUCUUGGAGUGACCUCGAGAGAUUGAUCUCCUCCAGUAGCAAUUCAGUGGAUUUCUACAACUUUUUACUGGAUAGCGGAAUGGACCCCUUGUCCGUGGAAGCAGUGGAACUAGCACCAGAAGUAUCGAUGAAGAAAUACGCGAGAUACUUGAGUUACUUGAAAACUUCCGCUAGUGAUGCUGGUGACUUGGACACCUUGAUGAACGGCGCCGUCAAGAGGAAGCUCCGGAUAAUCCCAGCAAAGUUUAGAUGGGGAGAGCAGUCAGGCUCCGUCUUCUCAUCUCUUCAAGGGGAUUUCAUGAGACCAAGAAUUGCAGAGGUCGAUGAGCUACUCGCCAAAGGAGUGAAUGUGACCAUAUACAAUGGGCAACUUGAUCUAAUCUGUGCAACUAAGGGGACUGAAGCAUGGGUUGAGAAGCUCAAGUGGGAAGGACUCAAGACAUUUUUAAACAUGGAGAGGAAACCUUUGUAUUGUGGGAAAGGAACUGUCACAAAGGGGUUCAAGAGAUCAUACAAGAACUUGCACUUCUACUGGAUUCUUGGAGCAGGCCACUUUGUGCCUGUGGAUCAGCCCUGCGUCUCCCUGGACAUGGUCACUGCCAUCACACAGUCACCUGCUUCUGCUUCUACCUAAGGCCAAAGCAACUUCAAAAAAACAAAAAACAGAGGAUGGGAGUGGGACUUGGGGUUCUGAUAGGUCAAAUACCUCAAAUCCCAUGACAGAGACAAAAAGGAGGAAGAACAGUGAAGCAGCUGUUUCUUCUUCUUCUUCUUCUUUUUUAACCCUUUUGAGAACAGAAAAUAAGAGCCAUGUCCAUUUUUUUAGUUCACAUUUGCAGAAAAAAAUGGGAGGACAAUCUAUUAGAAGGGAAACAAAUUGGAAAUCAGGAAAGGAAUUUGUCUCAGUGAUCUCUUUUGUUUCUAUGUAAUCUUCUUAGUGAGGGUUACUAGUCA